AUGUACGCUUUAUCGUAUCGUUAAUACAAUGCAACUAUUCUGCGUGUAUAUACAUACAACAUGCACGCCACAAAUAUAAUAGAAUUCGUAAAAGUGACGUUUAAUAUAUUAAGAGUAUCGUCUCAUGCUAUUAAAAGAAUAAUACAUGACUAAAAUGAUAUCUCUUUUAAUUGUUAAUAAUUUCUAGUUGAUAUCUAAUUUACGUAAUGAACUAAUCACCGAUAUUUGACAAUAAUUUGUAUUGAUAAUGCCAUGACGGUCUCAAAUCCCCUUAUUAAAGAAUUGAAAGGCUGGACAAGAAAAUUAACUGAAAGUAACAUUGAGAUCGACGAAGAAAAUAAAGACCUGCCUUUCUUUUUUAAAUGUUUAGAAAGAUGUUUCCAGAAAGGUAUAUUGAUGCGUUUAAAUCCCAUAGGAUUUCCAAAAUUACCCGAUGCUUGGUAUUGGAUGGAAGAAAUUGCAGAAAAACAUUUUAGUUCCUCUUGUACCUAUUCUUUGGUAGUCGAACAAGUUACACAAAAUCCAAAAGUGUAUACACCUACUGGGCAUCUCAGGCUUUUAAUUAAAACAUGUUUAAUGCGAAAGUGCCUUCAUAUGCCAGUUGAAAUGCUAGUCAGAACACCAUUAAUGGCUACUGAUUAUUAUGAUAAAAACAGUAUUCUGGGUGAUAAUAUUCUUGGAGAAAUAUUUUUAUCAGUAUUACUGCAAAGCAGUAAAUUAAAUUUCAAGUUAAAUUUACGGAAUUGUAGUUUUUUGGAUGAAUCUUGGCAAUUACCAGAAUGUUUAGCAUUGGAAUUAGUACCAUGUAAAAGCUUAGGUAUUUCUGUAUGUUUUACCAAAGGGAGAGCUUUAAUAGUUAAUUUAGAUAAAAACUCUGUAGCUGCAGAAGAUGAUAAAGUUGAAAUUGGAGAUAUAUUAGAUGAAAUAAAUGGAAAUGCUAUAACAUCUAAUACCAAAGGACAAUUACGUAAAUUUAUGAGAAAAACUAUAGGUCAACCAGUAUAUUUAUAUGUAAUUAAGCACCGCAAUAAAUCAACCUGUGAAUUAUAUGCACCAAUUGUUCAUCUUAUAAGAAGCUCGGGUAUUGAGGGAUUAAAACAGAUAUUAAAAAGAUUUAAUUCUGAAAUACAAGAUGAGAAUGAGAAAACUGAAAUGAUUAAGCUACAAAGUAAAUCAUUAAAUGCUGGAUUUUCUGUUAAAUACUGUGGUUCAAUAUAUAUUGGUACAAAAGGCGAUGUUAAACAAAUUGAAAGAGCAAUUCUGCAAGUACUAAAGUCAGAAGAAGUGAAGUCAGUGCCUGUGAAGUUUGAAUGUUUAGAACUAGGAAUUAGGGUGACUCAGGAUUCGAAUGAUGCAAUAAUAUGUAAACAGAGUUACAUGGAAAUUUCAUCUUGUGGUCGUACUGGAAACAUUCCUAAUUAUUUUGCAUUUAUUGCAGGAGACACUAAUUGCAAUUUAGCAACCAAAUUUGAUGCAUAUGUCUUUUAUCAUCAAAAUGAAAGCGAAGUGCAAACUAUAUUGCAAAGUUUGGGUCAAGGAUUCCAACGCACUCAUUUUGCAGUUUAAUGAUUUUAAACAAGAGAGAUUUAUACAGAAUUAUUCUUUGACAUUUAAAUCGAACUUUAUGUAAUAAUAUGUUCCCAAAACGUUUCUAUUCACGUUUCUAUCUAGUCAAUUCCAAAUGAA